GGGUAAGAGCUUUACAAAAAGCUAAAACCAAACUGAAAAAAGGGAAAUUAAAAAUGGUUAUCUGAUCUCCGCCCUGUUGAUCAGACUGGUGUGAUCAUACAAAGGUCAGUGAAGAAGAACCUUGCAUUUGGCUUAUGAUAUAAAGUUGCAAGUGCUUAGCGUGAAUCCAAUCCAUAUAUAUUCACACAUGGAAAAGUGAUACGACAGCAAACGAUAAUAGGUCGAAUCACAAUGUUCGGGAGUGUGGUAUCCACAAUUACAUUGUUUUGUGUCAUAUUGUACAAUCCCGAAGGUGUCCAGGGACAAGAAGUUGAAAUCACAUACAAAGAGCCACUAAGAAACCAAGCAACCUACAUAAUUGUUGCUCCGAGACGCUUUAGACCAAAUCAGGUGUUUAAAAUAUAUGCCACACUCCUUAAGAGAGAAUACGAGAACGUCCAUAUAACUGCCGCCAUCAAAAAUGUGGACCAACGUACUGAAAUAGCCAGCGUAACUGUUAGGUUUGAGCGAAUCGGUGGCAGAAACAUCGAGAUUAAGGUUCCAGAAUAUGUGGUUCCCGGCAACUAUUCUCUUUAUGUAGAAGGAAAGAACAUAGAGGGCGUUGGAGGCGCGCUAUUCCACAAUGAAACGUCAAUCCUUUUUGAUACAAAACAGAUGUCUGUGUUCAUAGAAACGGAUAAAGCUGUCUACAAGCAGAUAAAUAGAGUAAGAUUCCGGGUGAUCCCUGUUCUUCCCAACCUGAUGCCCAUACAAGGUACAAUGGAUAUAUUUGUAAGAGACCAGAACGGAUUUGUAGUUAGGAGGUGGCUUGCCCAAGCGGUUAAUAAUGGUAUCGUAGAAAAGACCUUUGUGAUUGGUCGAUUUAACAAAAGAUCUCCAUGGAGUAUCAACGUAGAGGCAUUUGGACAUACAUACUCUAAAGACAUAAAUGGAGUAUUUUUACUUGGAGACAGAAUGUUGGUUAAUGUAACUAUGCCUAAGUUUAUAAAACUAACUGAUUUCGGUUUAGGUGGUUACGUGAAGGCUUACUAUUACACAAGUUGGAUACCUGUGCAAGGCAAUGGUACAAUUGAUAUCGAGGUGGAAGGAUAUCCAAGUUCAAAGUUUAGCAUUCCAAUUAAUUUUUUUGAAGAUGAACAUCACUUUAUGUUAACUAUAAACGAGCUUAGAAGAGCGACUGGGGUUGUAGAUCUUUCUAACAAAGCGAUCAAGGUGAAAGCGUGGGUGUACGACCGGAAGUUACACGAGAUGCGAUGGGGAGAGGCCACUACAGUUGUCUAUGAUGGAGGUCUUGAGCUAGCGUUCGUUGAAGAUAAAGUUCGAACAUUUAAGCCAAAUAUGCCAUUUAAACUUCACGUAGCUUUAAAGAGAAGGGAUGGUAUGCGCUCCACAACUGCUAUUGAGGGAAGUAUUGAACUUGACGUGUCCUACGAAAUUGAAGGCGGGGGUCUCAGGAGACAGGUUGAGCGUCUUCCUAUAGCAGAUGAUAACAUUGUUGCCUAUACACUGUAUCCCGGGAGCGAUGAUAAGAUGCUCACAAUUAAGGCUAGGUAUCGUGGUGCAGGGGGCAAUCUUCCUAUACUCAGGAUGACAGCAUACCGAGUGUAUUCCUUACAUAACUACUAUAUCAAUGUCCAGACGUCGACUCUGCAUCCUAAGGUGAAUCGAUAUAUGGUAUUUACGAUAAAAACAAAUGCAUAUGUGGACACCAUAUACUAUCACAUUGUCUGCUCGGGUAACAUCAUCGUCUCUAACCAGUUACAUAUGACGUCAUUAUUGAAGACAAUUUCGGUAGCAAUAUCUCGGGAUAUGAUGCCAAGUGCCCGGAUGGUGGUUUACUUUAUUAAGAAGGGUGAAGUCGUGGCCGAUUCGAUGUCGUUUUACGUUGAAGGAACUGCCCUCCAUGAGGUUGAUGUUGCUAUAAACUUCGGUAAAGACUUUGGCCCUUCCCAUGUAGAAGUAAUUGGACAAACUGAUCCGGGAACUCUUGUCUCAUUCAAUGCGUUGAAUUAUCAUCUCUAUACCAUGGGUGCAAGGAACUUUAUUACCGAGGAAGAGAUUCUUGAUGAGUUGCUUACAUAUGACAGCCACACCAACAUUAGUGCCAGUGUAAGUUGGUAUGGUGACUACGGGGACAAGCAAACGAGGUUCUUCCAAACACAGUCAUAUGGCUCGGACGCCAACACGACGUUUGUUUUUGCUGGAUUACAUGUGUUCACUGAUGCAGAUCUGACCACUGUGCCAAGUGACUGUAACGCAACUAAUGGCUGGUUGACGUGCUAUGACGGUAGUUGCUACAGAGUGGAGAAGAAAUGCGAUCAACAGGUCGAUUGCAAAGAUGGCGCUGAUGAAAGUGGAUGCAUAAUCAACAAGCCAGAGGGACGAAGAUGGGAAUUCCUCAGAGAUUUUUACAUGACAAUUCCCUACUUUGAGAACUAUGAGGAUCAGUCGUGGAUGUGGCACACUGACUACACAAAACCAAGUGGCAAGAGCUUUUCUCUGGUUGUCCCUCCAUUACAGCCUGCGUUUUAUGCAAUAUCUGCGCUCUCUGUAAGCAGGGAGAAGGGACUCGGAGUUGUACAGACACCAUACCGGGUGGAUGUGACGAGAAGUCUGUAUUGUUCCUGCGAGUUCCCUACUAUGGCGAAGAAAGGAGAGCAGAUUGGGAUUGCAGUUUUCCUGUCAAGUUUCGCAUCAUAUACAAUGGAGGUAUUGGUAACACUGCCCUCGUCGAAGGAUUACAAGUUUGUCUCUGUAGGGGAGGGGUUGAUUAGCCACUAUUCCCCACCCUUGAUAGGUGGAGAUGUACAAACCCUUGUAUUGCUUUCACCAGGAGAGAAGAAAUUCGUGCAUUUCCCGGUACUUCCACUGAGAAAAGGUAGAACAAGAUUCAGCAUUUUCGCACAAACGUUCGAUACAGAAGAGGGGUGUUCUGGCUCAAUCGAUGUACAGAUGGACGGUGUAACAAACACAUGGCACACUCCUUACUUCGUAGAUCUGGUCAAAUUUAGUCAGAUCAUCAUUCCUGACCUUUGGAUACCCGUUCCUGAAAGAUUCGUACUUCCUGAACAGAGACAGCAUCUAUAUGUACCAGGAUCAGUUUCAACUAAAGUGUCAAUUGUAGGUGAUGUCAUUGGACCUGCCUUCUUCACCAGUAAACUUAGCGUAAAUAACGUAGUAGGUCCACAUUUGGGUAUACCAGUUGGCAUGUUGGAAGCCACCUUCUUUGAGUUUAGCCAGAAUUUGUGGAAUCUUAAAUACUUGAAGUCUACUGAUCAGCUGACCGGUAGCAUCCAAUCAGAUGCUUUAGAAAUAAUGAACAGAAAUUUCCAAGAGAUAAUGAUGUAUUACCAGUCAGGUGGAGGAAUUGCCCUUUUCUGGAAGGGUGCGGGUGCAAGUGUUUGGCUGACAGCUUUAAUUGUGAACCAGCUGAAAUUUGCUCGAGUAUCUGACUGGGAGACACAAUUCUUCAUACCAUCCGAGUUCAUGAAUGAAGUCGCCCUCUGGCUAGUGUCCCAUCAAAACAAGGAUGUAGGAUGCUGGAAGGAGAUUGCGCCAACAUAUACGAGGACAAUGCUACCAAAGUUGCGAACUCUAAAUGGCAGGGAAGACUAUUGGAACAUUACACUCACAGCACAUUUGGUUAUUGCACUUUCAGGAAACCUUGGAGUGACGGGGGCAGCAUCGACAGCUGUGGAAACCGCACGGAACAAAGGUGCCGAUUUUCUUGCCACUACGUUUCAACUGCUUGAUGACCCAUUUGAGCUGGCUAUAGUUACCUAUGCUCUCCACAUUGCCGGGCACAGAUCCAAGAGCACCUUUUUCGCAAAGCUGAGGAAUUCAAAACAAGAAGAUGCUCGUGAACAAUGGCCAUAUUGGUCUAAUAGAGUGGUCGAACCAAUAAAUAUUGAAGUUAUAGAUGUGAUCCCAUUUAUGCAACCUAAUGAGCCAUUUGAUAUGGACACUUCGUCAGUGAUGGCUACGUCAUAUGCGUUGAUGUGUUAUGUUCUGGACAAUUAUUUGGAAGACGCCUCUAAGAUCAUGUACUGGAUACAGAGUAGGCGAAGGAGAAAGGCAGGCUGGAGUGGAACAAUUGACACAAUAACAGCACUGCAGGCACUGCACACGUAUGGAUUGCGAAACCCGAACAGAGAUAUUUACAGUAUGGAACUGACAGUGGAGUCCACCGCAUCUCCAGCAUGGACCAAAGUCAUAAGACUCGACAGAGACAAUUUUAAUGUGGAGCAAGAGGUCGAGGUACCUAAUGCAUGGGGAAGUGUCAAAGUGACAGCCAGAGGUAACGGAUUAGCAAUGUUACAGGUGACAACGACUGCCAACGUUGAGUAUAUAGAGCAGCUGAGAGCGCCAGCUAAAACGCCCGAUGGAAUUCGGCGUCACUUUGAUUUAGAGGUCAAUCUUAGAUGGGCUGGGGCUAACAAUAGUAUAAUGUACAUGACGCCCUGUGCAAGAUGGCUUCGAACAGAUGUAGGUCCUACCAGUAUGUUAGCCUACUUCCAAAUAGAUAUCCCAAGCGGUUUCACUAUCUUUAGAAAAGAAUUGAACAAACAUAUGAGAGAAUACCCAUUCGUUCGGAGAAACUUCUUCAAAAGAAAAAGCCUCAUCAUUUAUGUCGACCAGAUCGGAACGGACUGGUUGUGUUCAACGGUGAGGGCGGACCGCUGGUAUCCCGUAGCAAAUGGCAGCAUACAACACUCGGCAAUUGUGGCGGAAUAUUACCAACCAGAAAUACAAAACAAAACGCUGUACACAACUUACAACUUAUUCUCUCAGCACAUUUGUUUAGUAUGUGGCUCAUUCCAAUGUCCUUAUUGCCCAUACUAUAACUCAGCUGACCAGCUGGUAACAUCUCACUGGCUGACAUUGACGACAAUAUUAGCUGGACUACAUAUUUUCUUAUACAUCCAUUCACUAAAUGGACAUAGUUGAUGUAGCUCUGAUGGUAUCUAGAAUCUAACUACGCUUGAGGAAGUAAAGUUAUUAAUCACACAGAAUAGCUAGAAGGCUACCAGUGUUGAAUAUUCAACAAUAAGUAAUACCUGUUGUGAUAAGUGGAAUAUAGCCUUGCCCAAGUCGGUAUUUUCUACUUAUCUGAUCUUGAGUUAUUAUUCAUAAUAGGAAUCAAAAUAAGUAAAAGAGACCGAUUUGGGCAAGGCUAAGUGGAGUGCUG